UUAGAGAGGCCCACUUUUUAAUUUGAUUUUUCCAAAGGGUUGUCGGUUGCCAAUGCAAAGCUAGCAUGUUAGAAGGGGCAUCAGGGGGCUCAACAUUUAUUAUUGCAACACACUUUAGCUUGUUCCAAGCCAUUCAUCACUCCAUCUUCUUCCAUUUCAGAAUGAAGGGCACAAGAAUGGCAAAAUGGUUAAGUCUUCUGGUUUUUGUAGUUCUAUUGCUUAAGGCAGAAGGGGUUGAUGUAGGACUCACUUAUGUUCAAAGUGCUGUACCAAAAGGCGCUGUUUGCUUGGAUGGAAGUCCACCAGCUUACCACUUUGAUAAGGGGUUUGGAGCAGGAAUUAACAACUGGAUUGUUCACUUUGAGGGAGGAGGUUGGUGCAACAAUGCCUCUGUUUGUCUCGAUCGCAGGGACACUCGCUUAGGUUCAUCUAAGAAAAUGGAUCAGACAGCUUCCUUUUCUGGAUAUUUGAGCAACAAGCAAAAAUUUAACCCAGAUUUCUACAACUGGAACAGAAUCAAGGUUAGAUACUGUGAUGGUUCAUCGUUUACCGGUGACGUCGAAGCAGUUGAUCCUAAAACCAAUUUGCACUACAGAGGAGGAAGAAUUUUCGUUGCUGUCAUUGAAGACUUGCUGGCAAAAGGAAUGAGAAAUGCUCAAAAUGCUAUUCUUUCAGGAUGUUCAUCGGCGAAGAAUUUGCCUGCCUCGUGCACUUCAAGACUGAGUCCAGGGCUGUGUUUCUUCCCAGAGAAUGUGGUAUCACAGAUCAGGACACCAAUUUUCUUUGUUAAUGCAGCAUAUGACUCAUGGCAGAUAAAGAACAUAUUGGCACCGGGUGUUGCUGAUCCGCACGGGCAAUGGCGCGAUUGCAAGCUUGAUAUUAAGAAAUGUUCUUCUGCUCAACUCAGUGUAAUGCAAGGGUUCAGGACGAACUUCUUGAGCGCAUUGAGUGGAGUGGGGAGCACGCCAGCUCGGGGGAAGUUCAUAGAUGGAUGCUAUGCUCACUGCCAAAUGGGAACCCAAGAGACAUGGAUGAGAGCUGACUCGCCUGUGUUGGCCAAAACAACAAUCGCCAAGGCUGUCGGAGAUUGGUAUUAUGAGAGAAGGCCAUUCCAUGAGAUUGAUUGCACUUACCCUUGCAACCCCACCUGCCACAACCGUAUCUUUGAUAACAACCGCUCAGAUGAUUAGACAUUUAUUAAAAAAAGACUUACGUGCAGUUGUCUUUAUGUGAAGUUAAUAGUUUAAAACUGUUAAAAACUGUUAGAUGAUUCUAACAUUCUUAAAUAUCAAUAAAGAUAACUGUACGUGAGUUUUCACCAAUUUAUUAUUAUUGCACGUCAAAGUGAACGGCAAAAUAUAUCAUUUGUAAUUUAUUAAACAAGUCAGCCAAGGAAAGGAGGCACUCUUCCGUCUCCAUGCAUAGUAAUUACUAGUUGAAUGUCACAACUACUUAUAGUCUGCUAUAUAUACGCUUUAAUAAAAUGGAACAAUAAAUUUGGGCCUCUUUUAGAUUA